AUGGAUUCUAAAAACAUCAAACUUCCAAAAAUAGACUUUUCUCAUGAAGACUUAAAGCCACACACACUUGUAUGGAACCAAGUGAAAAGCCAAGUCCACAAAGCUCUAGUAGAAUAUGGUUGUUUUGAAGCUUCCUUUGAUAAAUUUCCAAUACAUCUUAGAAAAUCCAUUUUUGAAUCCUCACAAGAGCUUUUUGAUCUCCCUUCACAAACCAAACUUAAAAGCAUUAGAACCAAACCCUUCAAUGGCUAUGUUGGAUUCUGUCACCCUUCAAUUCCACUAUAUGAAAGCAUGGGCAUUGAUGAUGCUAACAUCCCACAUAAAGCUGAAAAAUUCACUCAAAUUCUAUGGCCUCAAGGAAAUACUUCUUUUUGUAAAACUGUUCAGUCAUACUCAGAGCAACUAUCAGAGUUAGACCAAACGAUAAGGAGAAUGAUUUUGGAGAGUUUAGGGGUGGAAAAUUACAUGGAUGAGCAUAUGAAUUCGACUAAUUACCUUCUUCGAUUGAUGAAGUAUAAAACACCUCAAAGCAGCGAGAAUGAGAUGGGACUAAGUUCUCACACAGACAAGAGCAAUAUUACCAUAUUAUACCAAAAUCAAGUGAAUGGUCUUCAAGUUUUGACCAAACAUGGACAGUGGAUCAAUGUUGAUCCUACACCAGACACAUUUAUUGUCUUAAUUGGAGACUCACUACAUGUUACUGAUAGUGGUGUUCACUGGUCGGUUUGGAUCAGUUAUUGGUCAAUACCUAAAGCUGGAUACAUGAUAAAGGCACCAAAAGAGCUAGUAGAUGAAGAACACCCUUUACUUUAUAAGCCCUUUACUCAUCUUGAAUUCAUUGCUUUCAGCUAUACUGAAGAAGGCAUGGAAUGUGAAUCUGCUUUGAAGACCUAUUGUGGUGUCUGA